AUGUCCCAAACAUUCACCCGCGCCGAAGUCGCGCAACACAACACAGAGGACUCCCUCUGGUGCAUAAUCGACGCCCGCGUCUACGACCUAACCGACUUCCUGGACGCCCAUCCAGGCGGAAGCGUAGUCCUAACCCAAAUCGCCGGCCAGGACGCAACGACCGAUUUCUACAACCUGCACCGCCACGAAGUGCUCACAAAGUACCGACCAACCCUCUGCAUCGGAACAAUCGCCGACGAGAAGCCCCAAGUCCUCGACCCAAGCGCUGACAGUCUGAGCCCCGUGCCGUACGCAGAACCCCUCUGGCUACGACCGGGCUUCAAGUCCCCGUAUUACAGCGAGAGUCACCGGCGGCUGCAGAGGGCGAUCCGGGAGUUCACGAGCGUCCAUGUUGCGCCUGAGGCGGCGGAGAAGGAGAAAGAUGGGAGCUAUAUUUCCCAGGAAUUGAUUGAUAGGAUGGCGGAUCCGGGCACGAAUAUCCUGGCCAUGAGGCUUGGGCCGGGGAAGCAUCUGCAUGGGCGGACGUUGCUGGGUGGUGCCGUUAAAGGCGAGGAGUUCGAUUACCUGCAUGAUUUGAUUGUGGCGCAGGAGAUGUGUCGGGUUAAUGCGCGUGGCUUCCAAGACGGCAACAUGGCCGGCAUGGUCAUCAGCCUAACAGCAGUGCAGAACUGGCUGCGCAACGAACCACUCCGGCAAAAAGUAACGGAGGAGGUCCUCUCAGGCAAGAAGAAGAUGUGUCUCGCCGUGACGGAGGCAUUCGCAGGCAGCGACGUCGCGGGGCUCAGGACCACAGCCGAGAAGACGGCCGAUGGGAAGUACUACAUCGUCAAGGGGACCAAGUACGCACCCCCUCCCACUCCACAAAAUCCCUACAAAUUCACAGCUCCUAUACUAACGCACCGCGCAGGAAAUGGAUCACAAACGGCAUGUACGCCGACUACUUCGUAA